AGAGAUCCUUCACCUCCGUGCAACAUUCCCAUUCCCUGCUAAUAUAAACUCCCCAGGUCGGACAUGCUGUCAUCAUUUUUCCUGUGGUGGUGUAGCCUAGCUCAUACCAAUCCCAAAGCCAUGGCCAUGCUCAGAGUGUCUUCCUAUCGCAAAUUAUUUGAGGAUAAAUGGAGAGGAAAUGGAUGGUCCAGUAUGCAGUGUGCAGGACAGUACCGUGCCUCUGCCAGGGGUGCGGCCACUGAUGAGUGUGACUGUGACAAGUUAGACUUUGUAGCUGCCAAAGCACUAAACAAAGAGGGCCUGAGCAGGUUCGUCCAAGACCGCAACAUCAUUGCUGCUCUCAAUGACCGCUUGGCUCGGCUCAUUAAACUGGCUCGUUGUUUUGAGGAAGAGAAUGAGUCUCUGGAAUAUCAGAUCAUGGAGCUAGAGGAAAGGCUGAGCAGUCAGACAGCCUCCCCCAGCACCACCACCACUGUGGCAGUACCUGAUGGCAGCCUGGAUGCAGUGGUGAACAGGCUGCAAAGGGAGAGGGACGAGAUCAUGUGUGACACAGAGGAGCUGAAGAAAGAGCUAGAAUGUCUGAAGCAAGAGUAUGAGAAGGCUGCAGAGCAGAGGACCCUCAUCCAGCUGGACCACCAAGAUGUUGCCGGGGAAGUGGAUGCCGUGACAGCACAGUGCCUGGCCCUGAGACAGCAAGUGGGUAUCUAUGAAGAGCAGCUGGCCAACAUGGAUGUCCAGCACAAGACGGAAGUUGAAACUCUAUUGGAACCGGCUGAUGGGACAACCGGCGCAGUGGCAACCAUCGGAUUUGGCAUCCCUGACAUCACUCCAGCCUUGGAUAUAAAGGAGCACUACUGCCAGCUGGCUGAGCGCCUCCAGUGUGAGUGUGGCGUGUCUUCUUCUGCUGUGGUUCCCACUGGAAAUGGAAAGCAACUGGCAGUAGGUGAAGUUGUCGGGUCAAAGGUCAAAGACUUGCCCAAGAUGAUGGACGUCAAUGAACUGAAGGAGUUAAUUGCAGAACUACAGAAGGAGCUUGCUGAGCUGGAGAAGUGCAAUGAGGAGCUGGAGGACGAGAUCGAGAUGAAGAAGGCGGCGUACAUGGAUGAGAUUGCGGAGCUGGAGUGCACUAUAGAUGAAAUGAGGCACAAGGAGGCUGACCUCCAAGCACAGAUGAAGGAGCAGUGUGAGGACUACGAGGAGCUGCUCAGUGAGAAGAUGGCCAGAGACAUUGAGAUUGCUGCCUACAGGGGUCUGGUGGAGGAAGAGGAGCAGAGGCUGUGCAACCUGUGACAACAAACCGGAGAGCCAGACUGGCUGGCUGGAGUGUGGAUAGAUGCCCCCCAAAUGGAUUAGAAAUAGACAAAAGAGAAACACCAAAAAACCAGACACGAAUCGGCCCUAAGAUGAAGCUUAAAGUGCCACGGAGCGAUUUGAGCAGAUGUAAACUUAUCAUGACAGAUUAAUGCUGUCUGGAGGCCUAGGCCGGGCCAUUGAUAACCGGUCGCUGGCAGAUGACCCCCAGACUACAAGAAAGAUGGAACUGUCUAAAACUGGGUGGGGGGAUGAUGCUACUAUGAGUGUGUAUUCAUUUCGGAUAUGUCUGUGUGUGUAUCUUUUCAGCGUCUCCGCAGAGCUUAAAGGCAUGCAUAUUUCUUUAAGUGGUGUCUAUCUGUACUUGCUCACUGAUAUGACCCGUAAAUGUUUUGUUGAACAAGUCGGCCACAUAGAAACACACAAAGACAGACACAGACGCACGCCAAGCAAACCUGCGCGGCUCCGUAGAAUCAUUCCCUCCCCGGUAUCACGUUAAGCGUCACUCAUACACCGUCUGAUUACCAGCUCUUAACCUCUGCCCUCUCUGCUGUUGACAAACGUGCAGACAGCUCUCGCUCUCCAACAAGACGCUCCCAGCCGAGUCAAGGCGGCUCGCCUCCCGUCAGCGUUUACAGUUCAUGCAUUCAUGUUGGUUUUCCACAUAACUGGCACUCAAGCUGGUCAUGUGUGCGGCGUGUGUUUGUUUUGCAAAUGGCUCAUGAAGUUGUUUUUCUGUGGUGGGAGCAGAUUGUGCACCUGGAUCACUCGGAAAGGAAAGCCUGUGUGAUGACUAAUUCUUUUCUUUUAAUUCUUCAAAAAGCAAUGGAGCAAUUUUCUGUCAUGCUCUGAAAUAAGUGUUUGGUAAUUCCUUUCCUUGGUAAUUCUGUUCUUUUCUUGUUUUUCUAUUUGGACAUCUGCUGCGUGGUCAAAUAAUAGCAAAAUAUUAGCAGUCAUUUACAUGUUUGGUUGGUGUCACAAUGCACUUUCAAAAAUAAUAAAAUC